UUGAUGUAGUCUUUACGUGGUAGGGGAACUAAGAAGGAAGGAGUCAGCUCGCAAUUUAUUACUACAGCGAGCAACGAAUGAAUAUGCUUGUUAUUUAUUUUAUAAGCACGGCAAAUAUCACCAUUAACCGACGAUAUGUUGCUUGUUAUAAUUAGCUCGUAAGGCAGUCAGCGCGUAAUGUCUUCUUAGUCUAGCCCAGCGUAGCUUAGCUUAGCCUGUUAGCUAAGCAGCAUUGCUUAACUCUGUUUCAAACGAGAUGCGUGACAAGAAAGGAGGAACUUGUAAAGCUAACAUCUGACAGCAGGGCGUUACUGUCAUUCAUGUGCCGUUGUGGUCAAUUUAACUAGGUUUUCUUCGAAACUGGGGCUGUUUCCGAAGCGUUCACAACAUGCUGAACAUUCCGACCCAGUCCUUCCCGGCGCCCUGCUCCCAGCAGCGGGUCACCCCGUCCGGCAGGAACAAGGUGGCCUUGAAGCCCGGCCACAGUCUGAUGGACUGGAUUCGGUUUGCCAAGAGCGGCAAAGACCUGACAGGGCUCAGAGGACGACUGAUUGAAGUUACCCAGGAAGAGCUGCAGAAACACAACAAAAGAGAUGACUGCUGGACGUGCAUACGGGGUAUGGUUUACAAUGUGACCCCCUACAUGGACUACCACCCUGGUGGAGAGGACGAGCUGAUGAAGGCAGCUGGGAUCGAUGGCACUGACCUGUUUGACCAGGUCCAUCGCUGGGUGAACUAUGAGUCCAUGCUAAAAGAGUGCCUGGUGGGCAGGAUGGCCACUAAGGCCACCACAGCUAUUAAAGCUAUCAUCCCACCUUCACCACCAACUAGCCUCGCCCCGCCUACGUCAGUGGCUCCUCCCCCAGACAAAGAUGCUCGACCACGAUUCGACUGGUUCCAAACCGAUGGGACUGUUCAUCUGGUCAUUUAUGCUAAAAGAAAGAUCGCCAGCUCAGGCUGCACCGUCGUUGACCUGAAGGCGGGUGUAUUACGGCUGGAAGUGCUGCUGGGGAAAAUGUCCUACAUGAUACAUUUAAGUCUCGCUGAUGAAGUUGAGGAACACGUUGCUGUCCACACUGCCUUCUCAGUGGGAAAGAUCCAGGUCAGCAUACGCAAACAGGCUAAAGGAAAAUGGACCAGUCUUGGUCAACCACUGGAAUUUCACAACACAUUUCUACGCAAAAAAGACAGAGCUCUCUACUAUAGGGAUUGUGUGUUGGUGUCAAAGACUGAAGUGAACCACAACACCCAAGUGUUCAGACUGCAGCUUCCACGUGGGUCUGUCAUGCACGUGCCUGUCGGAAAACAUGUCUACCUCAAAACCCUCAUUCAAGACACAGAGGUAGUGAGGCCAUACACUCCAGUAGAUCAGAACCUGGCAGCUGCCUCUGACCACUCCUCACAGGAAUCAGACCUCUACCUCAUGAUCAAAGUUUACCCUGACGGAGUGUUCACGCCACACUUCAACAGCCUCCACAUCGGUGACAGUAUAUCCGUUAGUGGUCCAGAGGGUACCUUCAGUGUCCGGCCCCUCCGUGAUGUCACAGACCUCUACCUGUUAGCAGCAGGCACCGGGUUCACGCCCAUGGCUCGCCUCAUCCAGCUGGCGCUACACAACAGCGACACCAUCAGGAAAACCAAGCUGCUCUUUUUUAACCGGCGAGAGGAGGACAUUCUGUGGCGCUGUGAGCUGGAUGAGCUGGCUGCUAACAGUGAGAGGUUUCAAGUGGAGUACGUCCUCUCUGAUCCGUGUGAAAGCUGGACAGGUCUGAAGGGUCGGGUGGAUGAGUCCAUGCUCAAGGAUUUCCUCAACAGGCCAGAGGGCUCCAAAUGCUAUGUGUGUGUGUGCGGCCCCACUGCCUUCACAGAGCUCACAAUAGGGUUGUUGAAGCAGCAGGGCUUCAGUGAGGAGGAGCUCCACGCCUUCCAGGGCUGAUGAGCUCUGCCUCGAUCCAACUGCCCCCCGCAGAGACUGUGUGCCUGUGACUGUGUGAGUGAGCGAGAGUCAAAAGUCGAUUUAAUUUAUGAACUCAUGAUUGUGAGAAAUGAAUGCAACACUGUAUUUCUAUGCACCAAGGAGCUGAUGAUGGUGACGGCAGGCAACACACCUCAGGCUUUGAUGGACUCUAAAGAAAAUCAGUGCAGUAAAAUCCCUCUGAAUCUGGACAGUUUGGUCAGUACCUGCAACAAAAAACAGAGUUUAGAAAAAGCUUUUUUUUAAGGUGUGUAGAAUAAAUGCUGUACAAUGAGAUGCACAGAAGUGAUUGAGAUAUUGUGAAAUGAUGGUGUUUAUGCAAUAAUAAAAUAGAAUGAACUUGA